AAAAUACUCAAAGUAGUUUUUAUUUUUAUUUGUGAGGAGCUCCGGCCAGGUCCAUCAUCGACAGAGACCUCAUUUACCUUUUUACAUUAGUAGUUUUAGCCCCAGAAAUUUUCCAUUAUAAUAAAGUUCUGACAGACAGAAGUUUCGAGCCAUUCGGGAGAUGAAUUUGAAAAAUUCCAAGUUUUACAAACGCAUCCAGGAGUUGCGACGCUUUUCGAAGGAGAAGAUUCGCAAGGACCGAGAGCAGCGCACCUGCGCUCGGCUGGACAUGGCCCUCAGCGAGCAACGUCCCCACCAUGAGUCUGACCUCGAGUGGUCCAGUUCCCCCCGCCGUCGUUCCAAGAAGACCAAGGGCAAGAAGAAGGCGGCCUCCCGUCUGUCAGGUGGCAAGGACACGCACUGCUCUAGCCCCGUAGGCGACGAGAUUCCGCCGGAGGCUGGGAUCCAGAGCUACAUCCAGCUGAACGACAAGUGCUAUCGGCUGGCCUGCACUAGGCAGGUGCCUGUCAAAUCCUCGCGAGAUGAUGACCGCUCCAUUAGCGAGUCCAAAAGCGCCAUUUGCGUGUCCAACUCACGCUACGCGAUGAUCGGCAGGAUAUCCAAGACCCUCGGAUACAAGCUGGUCAAGGAGACCAAACUGUGGAACAUUCUCUGGUCGGACUCGUUCCCCGGCGUAGAGCUCUUCAAGAACAUGAAGCGCUUCCAGCAGAUCAACCACUUUCCCGGCAUGAUCGAGAUCUGUCGCAAGGAUCUGCUCUCGCGCAACCUCAACCGCAUGUUCAAGGUGUAUCCACACGACUACAAGAUCUUCCCCAAGACCUGGAUGCUGCCAGCGGACUAUGGGGAUGCCAUGAACUAUGCUCUGACCCACAAGCGGACGUUCAUUUUAAAGCCGGACUCGGGCGCCCAGGGACGCGGCAUCUGGCUGACCAACGAUCUGAAGACCAUCGGGGCCAACGAGCGGCUCAUCUGCCAGACCUACGUCCACCGACCCCUUCUCAUCGAUGGCUACAAGUUCGAUCUGCGGGUCUAUACACUCAUUACAUCGGUGGAUCCGCUGCGUAUCUUCGUGUACAACGAGGGCCUGGCCCGGUUCGCCACGAACAAGUACGUGGAGCCCACGCCGGGCAACUCCAACGACCUGUACAUGCACCUCACGAACUAUUCGGUGAACAAAAGGAACUCCCACUACGAGCUGUGCGACAACGACGACUGCGGCAGCAAGCGGAAGCUGAGCGCCAUCAACAACUGGAUGCGCAGGCACAACUACGAUGUGGAGGAGUUCUGGACGAACGUUGACGAUGUGAUCAUCAAGACGGUGCUCAGUGCCUGGCCCGUGCUAAAGCACAACUACCACGCCUGCUUCCCCGGCCACGACAAGAUCCAGGCCUGCUUCGAGAUACUCGGAUUCGACAUUCUGGUGGACUGGAAGCUGAAGCCCUACAUCCUGGAGGUCAAUCACUCGCCCAGCUUCCACACCAACGAGCAGGUGGAUCGCGAAGUCAAGCGUCCUCUCAUCCGGGACACCCUCAAUCUGGUCAGCGCUGUGCUGGCGGACAAGAAGCAGAUCAUGCGCGAGGAUCGCAAGCGGGUCAAGCAGCGCCUGCUCAAGACCAAGGGCGAGACAUUGCAGCGUCCCCGUGUCUGCAGUGGAUCCACAAAGACCGAAGGCAGCCCGAAAAAGGUUGAGCCCGAGGAGGACCAGGACCCACUGGCCCAACAAGUCGCCUGGGAGGACAGUCACAUGGGAAACUUUCGCAGGAUCAUGCCUCCGCCCGACGGCACCAAGGCCGAGUACUACAGCCAGUUCUAUGGCCAGACUAAUCAGGUGUCCAUCUUCGCCGAGACGGCGGCCAGCAAGAAGCGGGAGGAUCUUGCCCGCAAGAUGCGCCUCCAGAUCGAGGAGAAGAAGGCCAAGCAGGACCAGAUGCUGCAUGGACGCAACAAGACUGACAAGCGCAAGCGUCAGCUCGUCAUCCUGCCGCGAGCUGUGCGCGAGAAGAACCGCGUCCAGCUCUACCGCCUGCAGGAGCACUGGCUGCCGGGCUUCAUCUCCGAGGCGGAGGAACGGCUGCGCCACACCUGGCUCCAAAUGCGCACUGAAGCGAUCAAGACGCUGCGGAUCACCGAGAAUGUCUAUGCCACGCUGUACGAGGCGGGCAACCUGACCAACACGGACAUGGUCGUUUUUCCGCAUCUGUACCAGCAUCUACAGAACGGCUUUGACAUCAAGCAGCACACAUGAGACGCCACACAUGGCAUUUCGUCCUCCCUCCCCAUUUGAACUUCCACAUUUCCACAGCUGCCCCAUCAAACCGAUCAGGGAGGUGUCCUCAAUCUGUUCGGUUCUGAUGCUGACGGGUUCCGUGAUGAACAAUGAACAUAGAAGAAUACAGACUUAUCUUAUAAGGAAAUA